AUGCUGAACUCAAAUCUGGUUGGCAAGUGCAAUGUCGAAGAUAAGAAGACUGGCAACACGGAGUUGAAGGACCCGGUGUGGGCCAACGCGGCCCCAUUGGAGCGCGAGAGCUACGAAGAUUCUCUGACUGCCAAGACCGCGUCCAAGCAAUUUGUGAGGGACAAGCCCACAACAGUGACCAUGUCUACGGACAGCGAGUUCUACAGCUCCCCGGCGCUGUUUCAGGCACACCUUUUGGAAGACGACUUUGUCUCCGUUGGUCUUUGCUUCAGAUUGCAAUUUGCAAUUCAGCGUGCCGUGACAAAGCGUGGACUGAUGGCGGAAUACGAGUCCACCACGCAGAAGUACAAUUUGGGUGCAGGGGCUGCGAGCUCCCCAGCACAGAAGGCGGCCCUGAAUCGGUUAAAGGAUUUGAGGGAGUUGAAAGUCACCAGCAGGCUGGGAGUGGAGGUGGGCAAUCUCUACCAGCAGAAGCCGCAACAGGAUAUUCAGCUCUUCCUGGCCGGCAAGUCGUUGAAGUAUUGCAAAUUGAAAACAACGAGUUGCCAGACAGGAGACGAUGAUGUGGAGAUUGGCAUCAACACAGAAGAAAUUUGGACGGAAGAGAAGGAGAUGCAGUUCCCCACUUUGACGGGGCAAGCGAGCAA